AUGGGAGUACCUGCAUUUUUUAGAUGGCUAUGUGCCAGAAAUCCUAAGGCUCUGUUAGAAGUCUUGGAAAAUUCAGAUGAAUCCAUAUUAUCAAAUAAUCCAGAUAUUGAUAAUCUAUAUCUAGAUAUGAAUGGUAUCAUUCAUCCAUGUUCUCAUCCUGAGUAAGGAGGCAUUCCUAUUCCAGUCACAUAUGAUGACAUGUUUGUGAACGUAUUUCACUACAUAGAUCGUUUAGUUGAUAUUGUACGUCCAAAGGAAUUGAUAUAUAUGGCCAUUGACGGUGUUGCACCAAGAGCAAAAUUAAAUUAACAAAGAAGUUUAAUAACACAAUAAAUCUAUAGGUCGUAGAUUUAGAGCAGCAUAAGAAUCCAUAAGAAUUCAAAAGGAGAAGGAACGUUUACGAGAUUAUUGGAAAACAUAAGGUUUAAAUUCUGAUGCUUUAAAUACAUAUAUUGAGAAAAACUUUGAUAGUAACUAAAUUACUCCAGGAACUGAGUUUAUGCAAAAAUUAAAUAUUGCAUUACAGUAUUAUAUUUAUGAUAGAAUGAAUAAUGUAAUAUUAUAUUUCAUCUAAUAUUAGAAUCCUUUAUUUAGAAAUAUAUUGAUUAUUUUUAAUGAUUCAAGUAUUCCAGGAGAAGGAGAACAUAAAAUUCUUUAAUUUGUAAGAGAUUAAAGAAAAUAAAUGAAUUAUAAAACAGUUAGACAUUGUUUAUAUGGAGCAGAUGCUGAUUUAAUAAUGUUGGGUUUGAGUACACAUGAACCAUAUUUUUAUGUAAUAAGAGAAACAAUAAUGGCUAAUGAUGAUAAACAAUGUUCAAUUUGUUAAUAAAAAGGUCAUUUUUUUACUGAUUGUAAAAAGAGAGAAAAGGUAAUUGAUGAUUUGAAUGGAGAAAUUAAAUAAUAUAAUUAAAUUCAAUAACAGCAAAAGAAUAAAGUAAUUUAAGUAGAUUUUUAAAUAUUAUAAUUAAAUAUUGUAAGGGAAUUUUUAUAUUUUGAAACUAGAGAUUUACAAACAUCAUUAAAAGGUUAAUAUGAUUUAGAAAGAAUUAUUGAUGAUUUUGUUUUUAUGUGUUUUUUAGUAGGAAAUGAUUUUCUACCACAUAUACCUUGUUUAAAAAUAACUGAAGGGGGUAUUGAUUGUUUACUUAUAAUAUAUAAAACAAUUCUAUCAUAAAUAGGAGAUUAUUUAACAAAUUGUGGUGAAUUGAAUUUAUAAUAGAUGAAUUAAUUUUUAUUUCAUGUUGGAUUAAUUGAAGAUGAAUUAAUUAAAGGUUAAGAAAAAAAGAAAGAAAUAGUUAAAAAUAGAAGAGAGAGAAAUGCUGAAAUGAAAGAAUAAAAAGUUGUGAUGCCACCUGAAUUUAGUAUUGUAGAUACAUCUAAAGAAGUUUUAUUAAAAUUUAAAUCUGCAUUAAAAGAGAAAUUAACAGAAAUAAAUUAAUAAGAAAUUGAUUAAGCAUAAUCAGCAAAAUCUUCAUAAGAAUUAAAAAAAUGGAAAGCUGUUAGUUAUAAAUAAAGAUAUUACUAAGAAAAAUUUGGAAUAAAACCUUCUUAAUUUAUUGAAUUCUAACAUCGAAUAAAAAUAUCUUAUUUAGAAGCAUUAGCAUGGACAUUAAAAUAUUAUUAUUAAGGAUGUGUAGAUUGGGGAUGGUUCUAUCCUUAUCAUUAUGCACCAUUUGCAUAAGAUCUGAUUAAUUUAGAUUAAUGUAUUUUUGAAUUCUAAAUUAAUACUCCUUUUAAACCAUAUUAACAAUUAUUAGCAGUAUUACCACCUUAAUCAGCAUAAUUUUUACCUAGACCCUAUUAAUAAUUGAUGUUAGAAACAUCAUCUCCUAUAGCUGAUUUCUAUCCUACAGAUUUUGUAGUUGAUUUAAAAGGAAAGAAGUUUGCAUGGCUUGGAGAAGUAGUAUUACCAUUUGUAGAUGCUGAUAGAUUAAUAAAGGCAAGUAAUAUAGGUAUAACUUUAUCAAAAUUGGAAUAAGAGAGAGAUAGAUUAGGAUAAACAUUAAUUUUUAGUGCUAAAAAACAUGAAAUCUUUAAUUUUUAAGUGUGUCAUAUUUAAGUAUAAGUUGAAUGGUUACCACGUUUUCCUAUUGGAAGUGAAAUUAAAUCACCUAUACCAACUAUGGGAAACAUUCUUAAUAAUUAAAUUAUUAGUGGGGCUUUGUUGAAAACAGUAAUGGAAAGUGAUCCAUCAUUUAUUUAGAAUUAAAUUAGGAAAGGAACUAUUAUGCCACCUGAAUUUUUGGAUGAAUAUUAUAUGAAUUAAUGUGAAUAGAAUAAGAGAUCAUUUGGAGGAGAAGCAGUUAGAAGAAUAAUAUAUUCAAUAUUGGGAGUCAAAUAAGUGAGGAGAUUAGAUAGAUCAUAAGAAGAUUUUGAUUAAAUAAAAAAAUAAACAAAGUUAUGAUAUUAUCAUUAUUUCUGGGCAAUA